AUGAAUAAAUACUUUACUGAGAAUGAAUAUAUAGAGUAAAGAUGUACAGCUUAUAUAAAUCACUUCAAUGUCCAUUUCAAGCUGAUAUUUUUAUUAACUGCAACUCUUUUAUGCUUUGAGUGCUAUUGUGGUAAAAAAGCAGAAAAUUAGCUUCUGGUUGGCUCAAUUACAUUCGGAUUUCUCUAUGCAUGGAAUUAAUUUGUGAAAAGAUAGCCAAUAAAAGCCAGUGAAUUCGAAUCAUUUGUUUGGUAGCCAUCUUCAAUUGUUUAAGUAUUUAUGGUAACUAGAGAAAUAAAUGAAAAUAUUGGAAUCUUUCAUCCUGCUCUCAUAUCAUAGUCAACUUUCACAAUAAUUGGUUUAAUUAAUUCUCCUUAAGAUUGGUUUCCUAAAACUAUAAGCUUUUUCUUUUCCUUAGCGAUCUAAUCUUUCCUCUAUUUAUAUUUUUACGGGUAAAAUGGAGUAAAUGUACCACUUUUAGAAGUUCCAAUAUACAUACUGUUUACAAGCCUAAUCAUGGGAGUUGUGUUAAGAAGAUCAGAAAUAUUUCACAGGGAGGAACUAAAUAGAAAGAAAGCAGAGGUUUACUAGAGAGAUAAAUUCGUUAAUGUACUACAACUGAUUCAAGAUGGAGUUCUCAUCAUCAAAAGUGAUUAAGAUGAUACUUCUAUUGUCUUUCAAAAUGAAUCCUUUCUAAAUAAGAUAAAAGAUUACAAUCAAAAGUUACUUGCUAUAUAGGACCCAAAGAGAUCAGCAAGCCUUAACAAAAUUAACUCUCAAGAUAAAUAGAUAGCAUAGAAUCAUAUGAUAGAUCAUUUUGUUGAUAAGUUCUAAGAAUUAGAUGAUAAGAUUCUUUCACACAUAAAGUAUAAUAGACUAGACUAAAUCUUUAAAGGACUUAUUUUUAGACAUGAAUUUACUUCCAAUGAAAAUGUAAGAUAUACAUUCAGCCAGUUUUUGGAGAUAAUCAGAACUAAUAAGGAUGAUAAGGAGCUUAAAGAGUACUACUUCAAAGUGGAACCAAUAAAUAUUUCUCUCCAUAUCAAUGUUAAUAAUCUCAUUCAAGAAAGCUAAAUUCUAAUCGUUUUCAAAGAGGUAUCUACGUACAAAAAGCUAUAGAAAACUAAGCACAGAGAAAAAUUUACAAAUAUCUUCAUAAAUUCUACUGCUCAUAACAUUUUCACUCCGAUAAAUGGGCUUAUAGGAAUACUUUAGCUCAUAUAGCAAGAAUGCUAACGUUUUCCUACUGCAGGGAAGUAUAUUCUUUUAAUGAGAACUUGUAUAUUUAAUCUCUACUAUACAACUCAAAAUAUCUUAGAACAUUCUAAAAUAAGACUAAAGCAAUUUACUCCAGAUCUAAAACCUGAAUAUUUAAAGUCAAUUAUAAAUGACUUAGUUAAUUUAUUUCACUAAGACGCCCUGUAAAAAUAGAUUAAGAUUUAAUUGGAUCUUCAGAUAGAUGAUGGUUAUUAUAUGAUAGAUUAAUAGAGAUUAUGCUUAGUAUUAUUCAAUUUGAUUAGCAAUUCUAUUAAAUUUACAGACUUUGGAAAUAUAAUUGUUACUUGCUAGAUCUUAUCUAAGUUUGAACUAUUCAAUAAAUUUUAGAGACUAUUUACGGAGAAUCAGUAAUUAUUUAGCCAUUUAAAAAAUGCAAGAUUCAAUCAAGAGAUUCUUAUGAGUGAAGAUGAGGCAUUUUAUUACAUUAGUAUUGAAGAUUCAGGUUAGGGAAUGUAAAAUUACAAUUAAGAGGAAUUGUUUAACCUUUUUCAAAAACUUAAAAUCUCAUCAGAUAACAUCAAUUAGUAAGGACUAGGAUUAGGACUUUCAGUCUCAAGUUAAAUAUGUUUAGCGUUGGGAGGGAAACUAUAAUUAGAAUAGACAAAGAGAGGUCUUGGAUCUAGAUUCUCGUUUUACCUGCCUCUAAAAGAAUAGUAAUAAAUAACUGAAUCUGAGUAACUGGAAAUACUUAUGAGCAAUGAUGAUGAGUUUUAAAAUGAAUUCGAAAUUACUGAUACUAAUAGAUCAUAGGGGAGUGCAGUAACUAAAAGGGAUUACAUAUAAGUUUUAAAUGAAACAGCAUCUAAAAAUCUCAAUUUCAAUGUAAUACUUUCACCUAGGUUAUUGUCGGAUAGAAUAGUUGAAACUGGCUAAAUAAAUUAUGAUACUGAAAGGAUUAGUGAAGAGCAAAAGAGGAAUAAUCCAACUUACCCUUAAAUAUUGAUAGUUGAUGAUACAGUGUUUAAUGUAGAAAUUCUCUCAAUAAUACUAAAAGACAUGUUUAAGCUCGAAUCAGAUAAGGCAUUUUGUGGAAAUCAAGCUAUAAAAAUGAUUUAGGAAAGAGCUGAAUUACAAGAUAUGGAUAAUAGAGUGUAGAUGUAUAAAUUUAUAUUGAUGGAUAUAAAUAUGCCUGGAAUGGAUGGAGUUCAAGCUACAAAGACUAUUAGGGAGUAAUUUUCAUACUAUUUUUAAGAUAAUUUGUAAAAAAUAUAUGCCUACACUGCUAUACCUGAGAAUUAAUUAGGAAAUCUACAGCAAUGUGGAUUUAAUGGUUAUUUACCAAAACCUUUGUCUUAUUUGCUUUUGGAGGAAGUAUUGAGAGAUAUUUAGAUUUUGAAGUGA